AUGUCAUCAUCAUCAUCGUCACCGCCGCCACUGUUGCCGCUGAUAUCGUUGCUGUCGCCACAACAUCAGCAACAGCAACAACAACAGCGGUGGCACCUGCAGCGGCGGCAACAGCAGCAGCAUGAACAUCAGCGACAACAACAGCAGCAAUAUCAACAAAAUCGAGAAAAAUUAAUGAUGCCACCACCAUCAUCAUUAUCAUCAUCAUCACCGCCAUUGCUAUUGCCACUGCGACCGCAGCCGCAAUAUCCACAAUGGCAUCAACAGAAACAACAACAAUAUCAUCAGCAGCAGCAGCAGAUACAUCUUCAUAACCAACAUAACCCGCUGUAUCAACAGCAGCAACUAUAUAUGCAAUCAACUGGCAUGUCACCGCCAAUAUCAUCAAUAUCAUCAUUAACAAAAUAA